GCCCCCGGUCUCUGUUCUAAACUUCGGGGAGAUCGAAAGCGAAGGACGUGCAGGAUCAGAAAUCAAGGAGCUCCGAGGCUGCCCUCCUUCCCAGUCCUCCUCCCUCCCAUGGAAGUCCAGGGGGCUUUCCCAGCCUGUGGAAGACUGGGUUACUGGAGGAGGCGGAAAAGCAGCAGGAGCAGCCGCAGCGUAUGAAUUGCCUCCGUAGAGCAAAGCCCUCGCUUUCCUCGCUCGAUUUUCUCCACGCUGUGCUCUGCGCAGAGGGAGCCGCGCCAACCAAACCCGAGCCGCAAACUUGGAGCGGCGGGGCUGGUGCUCGUGUCAGUCCGUCGGUCUGGAAGAACCCAUCGUGUCUUCCGAGCUCCCGCUGGAGAGGCAAAAUUUCGGUUGAAGACAGUAUCCAGGGAACCCACCUCUUUCUCUGGGAGAUGCACACUGGUUGUUGCUAAGGUUGCUUCCACGGUAACAUGUGUAUCCUGUUUACACCUUCAUCUGAAGAAGUUGGACUUGGCUAGUUUCACUGGCUUCACCUGGGGAGCUGUAGAAGAAUUGUUGUUUCCCCGCCCCACCCCAGUCCUGCUAUUUCUCCUGGGAUCAUCUUUUUUCCCCUCCAGAGGUACUGGCCUACAAGCUGUAGAACUGGGCUCCUUUCUGCAAGGAACAUCAAAGUUUGUAUUGCCUGCUGUGAUUUUAUAGAGGUAAGAGGCAAGACUGGUAAAGAAGUGGCACACAUCCUGUCUUCUGCUGUUUCUUGUUGAACCUGCCAGGGUUGGGUUUUGUUUUUGGUUUUUGUCAAGAUGACGAACAACUCUGCAGACCAUCAUCCUGGGAACUCAGUUGCUGAGGGCAAUCAUGAGGGGGACUUUGGUUGCUCCGUAAUGGACCUGCGGAACCUCAUGGAACUUCGCAGCUCAGAGGCAGUCAACAGGAUAAAUGACACCUAUGGGGGAGUGCAUAAUAUUUGCAAGAGAUUGAAGACCUCACCAGUGGAAGGCCUGUCUGGGAACCCUGCCGAUCUCGAGAAAAGAAGGCAAGCAUUUGGCCAGAACUUCAUACCACCAAAAAAGGCCAAAACCUUUCUACAGUUGGUUUGGGAAGCACUUCAGGAUGUCACAUUGAUCAUCUUGGAAAUUGCAGCCAUAAUCUCCCUGGGGCUGUCUUUCUAUCACCCUCCUGGUGGUGACAAUGAACAGUGCGGGCAACCAACAGGUGGAGCAGAAGAUGAGGGUGAGGCCCAGGCUGGCUGGAUUGAGGGAGCAGCCAUCCUCUUCUCAGUCAUCAUUGUGGUGCUGGUUACAGCCUUCAAUGACUGGAGCAAAGAGAAGCAAUUCCGGGGCCUCCAAAGCCGCAUUGAACAGGAGCAGAAGUUCACUGUCAUCCGCAAAGGGCAAGUCAUCCAAAUCCCUGUGGCUGAGAUUGUUGUGGGGGACAUUGCUCAGAUCAAGUAUGGUGACUUGUUGCCUACGGAUGGGAUCCUGAUCCAAGGCAAUGAUCUGAAAAUUGAUGAGAGCUCUCUGACUGGGGAAUCAGAUCAUGUGAAGAAGUCUUUAGAUAAAGACCCCAUGCUGCUUUCUGGUACUCAUGUGAUGGAAGGCUCUGGUCGAAUGUUGGUCACAGCUGUGGGUAUCAACUCACAAACUGGAAUAAUUUUCACUCUUCUGGGAGCAGGGGAAGGAGAUGAGGAGAAGAAGAUCAAGAAAGGUAAAAAACCAGGAGUCCCUGAAAAUCGCAACAAAGCAAAAACUCAGGAUGGUGUGGCUCUGGAGAUCCAGCCACUGAAAAGCCAGGAAGGGGUGGAAAAUGAAGAAAAGGAGAAGAAGAAAGUGAAGGUCCCAAAGAAGGAGAAGUCUGUACUGCAAGGGAAGCUCACCCGCUUGGCAGUUCAGAUCGGAAAAGCAGGAUUGAUUAUGUCAGCCAUCACCGUCAUUAUCCUGGUGCUGUAUUUUGUGAUUGACACCUUUGGGAUUCAGGGAAGGCAGUGGACGGCUGACUGCACCCCUAUCUACAUCCAGUAUUUUGUCAAGUUCUUCAUCAUUGGUGUCACCGUGCUAGUAGUGGCUGUGCCUGAGGGCUUGCCCUUGGCAGUCACCAUAUCUUUGGCUUACUCUGUCAAGAAAAUGAUGAAAGAUAACAAUUUGGUUAGGCACCUGGAUGCUUGUGAAACCAUGGGCAAUGCUACUGCUAUCUGCUCAGACAAGACCGGCACUCUCACCAUGAACCGCAUGACUGUGGUGCAGGCUUAUGUGGGUGACACCCACUACCGACAGAUCCCUGACCCUGAAGCCAUCCUGCCUAAGAUUCUGGACAUCAUUGUCAAUGGUGUUGCAGUCAACUCUGCUUACACUUCCAAAAUCCUGCCACCAGAAAAAGAAGGGGGCCUCCCACGCCAAGUUGGAAACAAGACAGAGUGUGCACUUUUGGGCUUUGUUCUGGACUUGAAACAGGAUUAUCAAGCGGUCCGCAAUGAGGUACCUGAGGAAAAACUCUACAAGGUCUACACCUUCAAUUCAGUCCGCAAGUCUAUGAGUACAGUGCUGAAGAAUCCUGACGGCAGCUUCCGCAUGUACAGCAAAGGAGCCUCCGAGAUCAUCCUGCGCAAAUGCACAAAGAUCUUGGACAAGGAUGGGGAAAUCCGAAUAUUUAAGGUGAAGGAUCGGGACGAGAUGGUGAAAAAAGUGAUUGAGCCAAUGGCUUGUCAAGGGCUGCGUACUAUUUGUCUGGCAUACCGGGAUUUCUCUGCUGGUGUUGAGCCUGACUGGGAUGUUGAGAAUGAGAUCCUGUCGGACCUUACCUGCAUCACUGUGGUGGGCAUUGAGGACCCAGUUCGGCCAGAGGUGCCUGAUGCCAUCCAGAAGUGCCAGCGUGCUGGUAUUACAGUACGAAUGGUUACAGGUGACAACAUCAACACAGCACGUGCCAUUGCCACCAAGUGUGGUAUCUUACUGCCCGGGGAGGACUUCUUAUGCCUAGAAGGGAAGGAAUUCAACCGGCUCAUCCGCAAUGAGAAAGGAGAGGUGGAACAAGAGCAGCUGGAUAAGAUCUGGCCCAAGCUACGAGUCUUGGCCCGUUCUUCCCCCACAGAUAAACACACACUUGUGAAAGGUAUUAUUGACAGCACCGUUGGAGAACGAAGGCAGGUGGUAGCUGUGACUGGGGAUGGCACCAAUGAUGGUCCAGCCUUAAAGAAAGCAGAUGUGGGAUUUGCUAUGGGCAUUGCUGGCACAGAUGUUGCUAAAGAAGCCUCAGAUAUCAUCCUGACAGAUGAUAACUUUACAAGUAUUGUCAAGGCAGUGAUGUGGGGACGCAACGUGUAUGACAGCAUCUCCAAAUUCUUGCAGUUCCAGCUAACAGUCAAUAUAGUUGCUGUCAUUGUAGCUUUCACGGGUGCUUGCAUCACACAGGACUCUCCUCUCAAGGCUGUUCAGAUGUUGUGGGUAAACUUGAUCAUGGAUACCUUUGCCUCAUUAGCCCUUGCCACAGAACCCCCAUCAGAAUCCUUGCUCUUGCGCAAGCCAUAUGGCCGCAACAAGCCACUUAUUUCCCGCACCAUGAUGAAGAACAUCCUGGGGCAUGGUGUGUACCAACUCACCAUUAUCUUCACGUUGCUCUUUGCAGGUGAGAAGUUUUUUGAUAUUGACAGUGGUCGGAACGUCCCACUCCAUUCCCCACCUACUGAGCACUACACCAUCGUCUUCAACACUUUUGUCAUGAUGCAGCUUUUCAAUGAGAUUAAUGCUCGUAAAAUCCAUGGCGAGAGGAAUGUCUUUGAGGCCAUUUUCCGCAAUCCCAUCUUCUGCACAGUCGUGCUGGGAACCUUUGUUGCCCAGAUCAUCAUUGUGGAAUUUGGUGGGAAGCCAUUCAGCUGUUCGGGGCUUACCUUGAGUCAGUGGUUCUGGUGUAUUUUCAUUGGUGUAGGUGAACUACUUUGGGGACAGGUGAUUUGCACUGUUCCAACCAGCCAGCUGAAGUUCCUGAAGGAGGCAGGACAUGGCACUACCAAGGAGGAUAUUGCAGACGAAGAACUGCAAGAGGGUCUAGAUGAAAUUGACCAUGCUGAAAUGGAGCUCAGACGGGGACAGAUCCUGUGGUUCCGAGGCCUAAACAGAAUACAGACUCAGAUGGACGUAGUUUACACAUUCCAGACCGGCGCCUCCUCUUUACAGGGAGCCCUCAGGAGACAGCCUUCCAUCGUGAGCCAACACCACGAUGUAAAAAAUGUUUCUAGCCCAACCCAUAUCAAAGUGGUGAAUGCGUUCCGUAGCUCCUUGUAUGAAGGCCUUGAGAAACCCGAAUCCAGAAGCUCCAUUCAUAACUUCAUGACUCACCCAGAGUUCAUCCUGGAGGAAGACGAGCCUCGGACCCCAUUCCUCGAUGGCGCCGAAGAAGACCUGGAAGCUGAAGAACCCAAAAAGCAAAAUGGGGAGAGCCCAGGCGAGUCCUCACCCCUCAACAAAAAUAACAAUGCAGUGGACGGCGAUAUAGCUGAGGACACCAUUCCAGAUCCAGAAAGCCCUUUACACAGCUUGGAAACAUCGGUUUGACCUCUGAACUAUGAUCCUCCGCCUGCUUUCCCCCCCCCAUGCAACAUAGGCACCUGCAAUCAACCACACACUGAGGCCACUUCCUUUCUAGGGGAUCAUACAUAUAUGUCUAUAUUUCCCUGCCCCUUUCCCCCUAAAUGAUGAUUUAGCUGUAGGAACCACAGAACCCCAUGUUUAGAGGUUUACUGAUUAACAGUGCUUUGGGCAAAGGUGCCUCUCUCAAGUGAGAAAUGGCCAAGUUAAUAAAUUUUCUCCUUGAGUUGAGUAACCACAUGUCUGUAGUAGUAGUUUUCUGCCUUUCAGGUUUCAUGCUUAAAAGAAACAAGAUUCAGAUUGCCUGAAGGAGCUAUGCACCCAGCAUCUGAAGAUGCAAUUGUGCCAAUAGCUUCUUUUUUACUUGCAGAAUCUGAAUCAUAAAUGACUUCACAUAUUCUUGAGAAGCAGUUGGGAGAAUGCCAAGGCAAUGUAAUUCCUUUAUAGAGGAAAGUGGGAUCUAAAUCAGUUAUUGAAUAUGAAAAGUAACCCUGUCUUCCAUUGGGUGGGGGA